AUGGCUGCUAUCGACACAUCAAAACCAAUUGCAUUCUGCGAGCACCUUCAGCUCUCCAGUCUUGGCGUACAGCCCGCCUCCAUUUCAUUCCAGACUUUAACACUAGAAUCCGACCACUUUAUUUGCAUACGUGAAAAAGUUAAUGAACAAGGCCAAGUCGUCAUUAUUGACCUCUCGGACGCCAACAAUGUUCUCCGGCGGCCCAUCUCCGCUGACUCUGCGAUCAUGCACCCCAAGCAGAAGAUCCUUGCGUUGAAAGCUGCCCGCACACUUCAGAUUUUCAACAUUGACACGAAGCAGAAGGUCAAAUCACACGUCAAUAACGAGGAUAUCGUGUUCUGGAAGUGGGUUUCGGAUACGACCAUUGGAAUGGUUACGGAGACGGCGGUGUAUCAUUGGACCAUUGCCGACCAGACCUCACCCCCGCAGAAGGUUUUUGAUCGUCAUCCGACCCUUGCUGGCUGCCAAAUUAUCAAUUAUCGCGUAGCUCCCGACGAGAAGUGGCUUGUUCUCGUUGGUAUCUCAGGGAACUCCACAAAUCCCUCUGCGUUCAAGAUCAAGGGCUCCAUGCAACUUUACAGCAGAGAGAGGGGGGUCAGCCAGCCUAUCGAGGGACAUGCUGCUUCGUUUGCGGAGAUGAAGUUGGACGGACACCAGAAGCCAACAAAGCUCUUUACAUUUGCCGUCCGGACAGCUACUGGUGCUAAGCUGCAUAUAGUUGAAAUUGAUCAUCAACAGCCUGACCCGCCAUUUACGAAGAAAAACGUCGAUGUCUACUUCCCUCCUGAAGCCGUCAACGAUUUCCCUGUUGCGAUGCAGGUGUCCAAGAAACACGGUAUCGUCUUCCUUGUCACGAAAUAUGGUUUCAUCCACCUCUACGACCUGGAAUCUGGUGCUUGCGUGUAUAUGAACCGUAUUUCUGGUGAGACAAUCUUCGUCACUGCGGAGCAUGAGGCAACAAACGGAAUCAUCGGCGUCAACAAGAAGGGCCAAGUACUGAGUGUGAACGUUGACGAGCAAACUAUCAUACCUUACAUCCUUACGACUCUUAACAACACCGACCUAGCGUUCAAGCUUGCCAGCCGCGCCAAUCUACCUGGUGCUGACGAUCUUUACGUGAAGCAAUACCAACAACUUUUCCAAACAGGUCAAUUCGGUGAGGCCGCCAAGGUUGCGGCCAACUCUCCACGAGGUAUUCUUCGUACAACCGCGGUCAUCGAAUCUUUCAAGCAGGCCCCCACUCCUCCUGGCGGGUUGUCACCUAUUCUUCAGUACUUCGGUAUCCUCCUGGAGAAGGGCGAACUCAACCACACAGAAUCUCUCGAACUUGCGCGCCCCGUCUUGCAACAAGGAAGGAAACAGCUUUUGGAGAAGUGGUUGAAGGAGAACAAGCUGACAUGCAGCGAAGAACUCGGAGACAUCGUCCGCCUACACGACAUGACUUUGGCUCUUAGCGUCUAUCUUCGUGCCAACGUUCCUAACAAGGUCAUCGCCUGCUUCGCAGAGACCGGCCAAACUGACAAGAUCGUGCUCUACUCGAAGAAGGUCGGCUACCAGCCUGAUUAUGUUGCACUCCUUCAGCACGUCAUGCGUACCAACCCAGAAAAGGGUGCCGAAUUUGCUGCGCAGCUCGCCAACGAUGAGAGCGGUCCUCUAGUUGACAUUGAGCGGGUGGUUGACAUUUUCAUGUCCCAAAACAUGAUCCAACCUGCCACUUCUUUUUUGCUCGAUGCUCUUAAGGACAACAAGCCUGAACAAGGGCAUCUUCAAACGCGGCUCCUGGAACUCAACCUCGUUCAUGCGCCUCAGGUGGCCGAUGCCAUCCUUGGCAAUGAGAUGUUCUCCCAUUACGAUCGUCCUCGUAUUGCCAACCUGUGCGAGAAGGCUGGCUUGCUGCAACGCGCACUGGAACACUACGAAGACAUUGCAGACAUCAAGCGUGCUAUUGUUCACACUACUGUUCUCCCACCAGAAUGGCUUGUCAACUACUUCAGCCGGUUGACGACGGAACAGUCGAUGAUCUGCUUGCAAGAGAUGUUGCGCGUUAACAUCCGCCAGAAUCUCCAAAGCGUGAUCCAGAUCGCCACCAAAUACUCAGACAUUCUUGGCCCCGUAAAGCUUAUUGAGAUGUUCGAGAGCUUCAAGACCUUCGAGGGUCUGUACUACUAUCUUGGUUCCAUCGUCAACCUUAGCGAGGAUCCUGAGGUCCACUUCAAGUAUAUCCAGGCCGCCACUCGCACUGGCCAAAUUCGAGAGGUCGAGCGUAUCUGCAGAGAGAGCAACUUCUACAACCCCGAGAAGGUCAAGAACUUCCUCAAGGAGGCCAAACUUGCCGACCAACUCCCGCUGAUCAUCGUCUGCGACCGCUUCGACUUCGUGCAUGAUCUUGUGCUCUACUUGUAUCAGAACGGCUUGGUCAAGUUCAUUGAAGUCUACGUACAACGCGUCAACUCUAUUCGUACUCCUCAAGUUGUUGGAGGCCUCUUGGAUGUUGACUGUGACGAGAGCACUAUCAAGGCCUUACUGGGCUCUGUUACUGGCAACUUCCCGAUCGAUGAGCUCGUGCAUGAGGUGGAACAGCGCAACAGGUUGAAGUUGAUCUUGCCAUGGCUUGAGGCUCGCGUUCAAGCUGGUUCACAAGAUCCUGCCGUGUUCAAUGCUAUGGCAAAGAUCUACAUUGACAGCAACAACAACCCCGAGCAAUUCUUGAAGGAGAACAAUCUUUAUGAACCCCUUGUUGUUGGAAAGUUCUGCGAGGCUCGCGAUCCCUACCUCGCUUACAUUGCCUACGCAAAGGGCCUUUGCGACGAUGAGUUGAUUGCGAUCACCAAUGACAACUCGAUGUUCAAGCAACAAGCUCGGUACCUCAUCAAGCGCCGUCAACCUGAUCUUUGGGCUCAAGUCCUUGUCCACGACAAUAUGCAUCGUCGUGCCCUCAUUGACCAGAUCGUCGCGACUGCUCUGCCUGAGUGCACUGAUCCUGAUGAUGUUUCCGUCACCGUCAAGUCGUUCUUGCAGGCCGAUCUUCCAAUCGAGUUGAUUGAACUUCUAGAGAAGAUCAUCAUCGAGCCUUCACCCUUCAGCGACAACAAGAAUCUGCAGAACCUCCUGCUCCUUACUGCCAUUCGUGCGGACAAGGGUAAAGUUGUCGGAUACAUCAACAAGCUGCAGAACUAUGAUGCCGCAGAUAUCGCGAGGAUUGCAACUGAGCACGGUCUGUACGAGGAGGCGUUGACGAUUUACAAGAAGCACGAGCAGCAUGCCAUGGCUAUGAGUGUGCUUGUGGAGCACAUUGUGUCAAUCGACCGUGGGUUGGAGUAUGCGACCAAGGUCAACCUGCCUGAGGUUUGGAGCCGACUCGCCAAGGCGCAACUCGAUGGUCUUCGCAUCAAGGACUCCGUCGAGUCUUAUAUCAAGGCUCAAGAUCCGUCUAACUUCGCCGAGGUCAUUGAGAUCGCCAACCACGCCGGCAAGCACGACGAGCUUGUCCGCUACCUUCAGAUGGCGCGCAAGACCCUCCGCGAACCCAAGAUUGACACCGAGUUGGCGUAUGCGUAUGCCAAGACGGAUCGUCUGCACGAUAUGGAGGAUUUCCUUGGAAUGACCAAUGUAGCGGACAUCCUAGAGGUUGGGGAGAAGUGUUUCGAGGAUGAGCUUUACCAGGCUGCCAAGCUUCUGUUCACGAGCAUCUCGAACUGGGCGAGGUUGGCUACGACUUUGAUCUAUCUUGGAGAGAACCAGGCGGCUGUCGAGAGUGCUCGCAAGGCAGGCAAUACUCAGGUCUGGAAGCAGGUUCACGCUGCAUGCAUUGAGAAGUCAGAGUUCCGACUGGCUCAAAUUUGUGGUCUCCACAUUAUCGUUCAUGCGGAGGAGCUUGGCGCCCUCAUUCAACUCUAUGAGCGUCGCGGUCACUUCGAGGAGAUCAUCGGCCUUCUGGAGGCUGGUCUCAGCUUAGAGCGUGCUCAUAUGGGUAUCUUCACAGAGCUGUCCAUCCUUCUCAGCAAGUACAAGCCUGCGAAGCUCAUGGAGCAUCUGAAACUCUUCGUCUCUCGUAUCAACAUCCCCAAGGUCAUCAAGGCUACUGAAAAGGCUCACCUUUGGCCUGAACUUGUCUUCCUAUACAUCAAAUACGAAGAAUUCGACAAUGCUGCUCUGGCUAUGAUCGAACGCUCGGCCGAUGCCUGGGAGCAUAACCAGUUCAAGGACGUUGUAGUUCGGGUUGCCAACGUCGAGAUUUACUACAAAGCCCUGACCUUCUACCUUCAAGAACAACCCACUCUUCUGACCGACCUCCUUACUGCCCUGAUUCCUCGCAUCGACCACAGUCGGGUCGUCCGUAUGUUUACACAAAUCGACCAUAUCCCUCUCAUCCGUUCCUACCUCAUCGCCGUUCAACACUUCAACCUCGAAGCUGUCAAUGACGCCUACAAUGACCUUCUGAUCGAAGAAGAAGACUAUAAGACUCUGCGCGACUCCAUCGACAGUUUCGACAACUUCAAUAACAUUAGCCUUGCAAAACGGUUAGAGAAACACGAACUCUUGGAGUUCCGAAGACUGGCGGCUCAUUUGUACAAGAAGAACAAACGCUGGGAAGAAUCGAUCGCGCUGUCAAAGCAGGACAAGCUGUACAAGGACGCUAUGAUUACCGCUGCAACCUCUGCCUCCACCGAGGUCGCUGAGGAGCUGCUCUCCUACUUCGUCGAUAUUGGCAACAAAGAGUGUUUCGCAGCCCUUUUGUAUAUCUGUUUCGACCUCCUUCGCUCUGAUGUUGUUGAAGAACUAUCAUGGCAACACGGGCUCAAUGACUUCUACAUGCCAUACAAGAUCCAAAUUCAAAGAUCGUUGGUGGAGAAGUUGGCCCACCUCGAAAAAGAAGUCAAGGAGCGCUCAAAGAAGGAGGCGCAAAAGGAGCAAACGGAAGCUGAGGCGCCGAUCAUCAACCCAGGGGGUUUUGGUCGAGGGCUUCUGCUCACGAACGGAAUUGUUGGGCAAGCUCCUCCAAUGAACGGCAUGAUGCCUGCUAUGACUGGUUUCGGCUACUGA